AUGGCAGGUUCCAAAGGUCAUUCAGGCCAGUCUGAUGGCCCAAGAAAGACCUCUAUUGAUGUCGAAUCGGAGAUAUUCGAGGAGGUCGUUUCUGUGCAAAGCGAAAAAAGCUCCCACACAGAGCUAUUUGCCCCAGGUGCAACUUACCAGGUUCACCGUCGUCUCAAACCUCGCCAUAUCCAGCUUAUUGGUAUUGGCGGAACAAUUGGCACAGUCCUCUUUGUUCAAAUUGCCACCCCGUUGAGUAAGGGUGGCCCCGCAUCUCUUUUUAUUGCGUUCGCUGCUUGGUGUGUGCCGAUUGUAUGCCUCACCAACUCCACAGCUGAAAUGGUCACUUACUUCCCGCUUCCCUCUCCAUUCGUUCGUCUCGCCGGCCGCUGUCUUGACGAUGCUCUGGAAGUUAUGUCGGGUUGGAAUUUUCUGCUCCUUCAAGUUUUCCUUGUCCCUUUCGAAAUCACUGCAUUUACGCUUGUUUUGCACUUUUGGGCCGACAAUUUCAGUCCGGCAGCCAGUAUUGUGCCGCAAGUAGCGGCCUAUAUGAUCAUUAACUUCCUGUGUCCUGUCUCGUGGUUUGGAGAGAUCGAAUACUUUUUGGCCAUUUUCAAAGUGCUGCUAAUUGUCGGCUUGAUCCUGUUUACCUUCAUUACGAUGGUCGGUGGAAACCCGCAGGGCCAUGCUUACGGCUUUACCUUUUGGAAAAAUCCCGGGUCGUUCGCCGAAUGGUAUUAUACAGGUGAUUUGGGCCGAUUUUUAGGCUUUGCCGCUUGCAUCGCUCAGGCAUCUUACACAGUUUCCGGUCCAGACUACGUCGCCAUGACUGCUGGUGAGGCAAUAAAUCCUAGACGCAAUCUUCCCAUUGCAUUCAAGGGCGUCAUUUACCGCCUCACCUUCUUUUUUGUGUUGGGAUCUCUUUGCGUCGGAAUCAUCUGCCCUUACAACGACCCCGAAAUGCUUGAGGCUUUGGCUAAUGGUGCUGGCGGUGCAGCCGCUUCUCCCUAUGUCGUAGGCAUGAACAGAAUGGGCAUCAAAGGACUCCCUUCAGUUGUGAACGCCGCAAUUCUCCUCGCUAUCUUCAGUGCCGGUAACUCGUACUUUUACUGCUCGAGUCGAACCCUCUACGGCAUGUCUCUUGCUGGCCAUGCUCCUAAGCUUUUUUCUUAUUGUACAAAAAAUGGUGUUCCAGUCGUUGCUAACAUUGUUGUUGCUGCCGUUGCCAUGCUCUCGUUCCUGCAAUUGUCGAAUUCAGCAAAUCAAAUUCUGACAUGGCUAGUCUCGUUCGGCACUGCGGCUCAGUUGAUCAAUUAUUGUUUGAUGAACGUCACAUUUUUGCGGUUUUUCUACGCGUGCAAAAAGCAGGGCGUUGACCGUAACACCUUCCCAUACAAAGGUUGGCUACAGCCGUACUGUGCAUACUUUUGUGCAAUUGCAUGUGGCUCGUUCGUGUUCUUGGCAGGUUUCGCAGUUUUUCUUAAGGGUAACUGGCAAUGGUCGCAAUUCAUUUUCAGUUAUAUUAUGAUUCCUAUCGAUCUCGGAAUCUUCCUCUUCUGGAAGUUCUGGAAAAAGACCAAGUUCAAGCGACUUGACGAAAUCGAUCUUCACAGCGGUCUCGAGGAAGUCGAGGCUCAUGAACAGAGCAUCGAAGUCAAGGAACCGAAGAACGUCUGGUCGAAAAUCGGCCACAUUCUCAUUGGCGAUUUCUAA